AUGCCAAAAGGCAAGUGGAUCAACAAAAAGACAGCCCAACAUUUCACCCUCGUUCAUCGACCUCAAAAUGAUCCCCUUAUACACGACGAGGCGGCUCCGUCCAUGGUGCUGAACCCAACAUCAAAGCCCAAUGAGUCUAAGGGAAAGAAGCUUGACGACCUAGCUUCCGAAUAUGGAAGUCAAAUUCGUGAAAAUGAGGGCGAAGCCGCAGCUCACGGCGUCUAUUUCGACGAUACGGAAUAUGACUACAUGCAGCACUUGAGAGAUUUAGGCACAGGAACCGGUGGUGGUGAUGUUGUGUUCGUCGAGGCGGACGUCGCCAAAGACAAGGGCAAGGGCAAGCAGAAGCAAUCCUUGGAAGAUGCAUUGCGACAGAUUGACCUCGAAAGCGCCGAUGCAAAGAAGCGCGAACUACUCGAUGAAGACUUCCUGCCUUCGAAGAACCUCCAGCGGUUGACGUACCAGAAUCAACAGGAAAUCCCCGACAUUAUCAGAGGUUUCCAGCCUGAUAUGGACCCCAGCCUGCGAGAGGUACUCGAAGCACUCGAGGACGAGGCAUAUGUCGAUGAAGAGGACGAUGACAUCUUCCAACAAUUGACCAAAGAAGGUCGCGAACUCGAAGACUUUGAAUUCGGCCAGUUCGAAGAUGACGACGGCUGGGAGAGCGACGCUACUGCCAAACCCACGAACGAAUUCAACGAUGGAAACAACGACAGUAGAGUACCAGAUCUGGUAUCUGUGCCCGGCGCUGAAGAAGCUGAGGAAGAGGCAGAUCAAGUAGGCUGGUUGGACGACUUUAAAAAGUUCAAGCAAGACCAGAAAACGGGCAGGAAACCAUUGGGUGCGACACCUUCACAGUCAGAUCUACAAUCCUCCCUCAUGACAACGACGACAAACGGUGGUCGAACGAAGAGGAGAAAGGGUGCGAUGACGUCUCAAUCGGGGUACUCGAUGACUUCUUCAUCUCUCGUUCGAACAGAACAGCUAGGCAUUUUGGACGCACGUUUCGACAAAAUCGAAGAGGAGUACAACGCCGACAUGGAUGACGAGAUGGGAUCGGUAUCUGGAGUCUCGGCGGUAUCCAGCGUCACAGGCACCGUCAGAUCGGAUUUUGACGGUAUGUUGGAUGAGUUCCUCGGCAAUCACUCGAUGCGUGGCAAGAAAUUUGUGCGCAAGACGGGCCCGCAAAGCGGCAUAGCUGAACUGGAUGAGAUUCGGAAAGAAUUGGGACCGGCUAGAUUCAGGACGAAGAGUGCCAAGAAGACUGGGGUUAAGUCGUAA